UUCAAUUUUGUAGAUCUGAAGUUCGAUUGAACAUUCAUACCUAUAAUCGAUCCAAAGAAUAACAAAAGUAUGAGUCGAUUUGUGUUAACUUGUUUGAUAAUAUUGUCCAUAGUUCGCCACUCCGUGACAUACCAUUCUCGAUACGAUUUCUGUGACAAGAACAUUUGUCCGCCGGGAAAACGCAACAUCGGUUGCGGUUGUAUUUUCAGUGAGUCGUACGGACCCGCAUGUGCUGGGAAAAAUGCUAAACUUCAUAAAUUGACCAAGUACGAAAAGGAACAAGUGUUGAAAAUGCACAACGAAAUGAGAAAUACAGUAGCUUGUGGUAAACUAGCUCCGUUUCCUCCAGCAGUACGAAUGGUUCAGUUGCGCAUUGAUGUUGAUUUGGAAACAUUGGCUGAGUGCAAUGUGAAAACCUGUAAAUAUGGGCAUGACCAGUGUCGAAACACUGAUAUCUAUCACUACGCCGGACAAAACAUUGCCAAGCGUACCGUUUGUGGACGUGAACUCAAAUUCACUGAGGUACUCAACAGCUCCAUUCACGUUUGGUACGCGGAACAUGCAGAUGCGAAUAUCGAGAUGUUAAGCAAAUAUCCGAGCCAUGAGUUGCGUAAACCUAUCGGCCAUUUUACGCUCAUAGUGAACGAUAAUGUGUUCUUCAUCGGUUGCGCAUUAAUCUCGUACUCCGUACGAAUCAAUGACUAUUUCGAAGAAACCGGCGAGGAAUGCCGGGCAUACUAUUUUGUAUGCAAUUAUUCUUUCAUCAAUUUGAAGGGUAAAGCAACAUACAAUCCUGGCAAAAAGCCAGCCUCCUAUUGUCGUACGUCAAAAAAUAAGGAACACCCUUGCCUGUGUAAAGUUAGUGAGCCGUAUUCCACAAUGUUAGAUUGGGAGACUAAAGUGGAAUGAUUCGUCUUUGAAGAGUAUUUUGCCCGCAACUAACAAAAGAUGAGUAAAACAGUAUGCGUCAAUGUCAGUUAUCAGGUCAGUUAUCCCCACAAAAGCAUUCCUAUGUCUAAAAAUAUAUAGAUAUUUUUUAUAUCAUUGCAAUCCAAAUAAUGCCAAAUCUAUUGAGUAAUAAUUGACCGUUAUCACUAAACAAACAAAAACAAAUCGGCAAUAACUAUAAACAUGACAAUCUAAUUGUGGGUAGAUUU